AUUCUUUAGGUAGAUACAGGUCCCUGUAGAGAGUCCCAGGUAAGUAAUGUAGAUGUGAGAGGGGCUGAUGAGUUGCGGCACAAGAAGUUAAGCCCCACACACUUUACUUUCAUUAAGAGAGGACUUUUUCAAGAAAGAAAUUGGAUUAGACCCAGACAUGACGUAUCCUGCUUGAUUUCUUUUCCCCUUGCGCUCUGACGAGCUUUGUGUUUAGGCAGGCUUUUGUUUCUGGCUCUGAGUUGCUUUAAAAAAAUUUGGGAGCGUGUCUCGGGGUGUUGAGGGUGAUGUGCUUAGCUUGAUUGGCUCGAUUUGCUUGUGGGUGCUUUGUUCUUCCCACCACCCUCAGGUCUGUUGUGCAACAUGCCCCUACUGUUUAAAAAGGAAAGGGAAAAAAAAAAAAAAAAGAAAUGCUGAGUAAUGCCAGAGGUUUCUCAAAUGGCUGAUGCAAACCUGGAGAAUUUGCAUCAUCAUUCAGCUGGAGUAACUUGGUAUGACAAGAGCUUAAAUACAAGUCCAUGCGGAAGCAGAGCUGGUUUCCAAUGAUAGGGCAGUACCAGCUCACAGUGUGAGAGCACAGGUGUUCCCAGCACUGCUCCCCUCCCAGGGAAAGGCUCUGCUGUAGGAGCUUUUGCUACCUGUGCGUAGGAGCAGCUGGGAAGAUAAGAGAAAGCCAGAGGAAGAGACUAAGUAGUUGACUACAGAGAGAGGGGGAAAAGGACCAACAACCUUGAGUUUCUGCUGCAAACUUUUUUUGCUUGUGCUUGCUGUGGGUGUGCUGGUGGUGCUGGAGCAUGGUUAGGAAAGUUGCUGUGACCACUGUCUCUAAUGGAAGCUACUUGCAGGGGCAAGCUAAUGGCCGGUUGCCAUCUAUGGACAACGGACAGCCAGCCCAGAAGGAAAAAGUUGUUCUGAAGAAGAAAGUGACACUUUUGAGGGGGAUAUCCAUCAUCAUUGGCACUAUCAUUGGAGCUGGCAUCUUCAUCUCCCCCAAAGGCAUCUUGAAGAACACAGGCAGCGUGGGCAUGUCCUUGAUUGUCUGGACAGUGUGUGGUAUCCUCUCACUCUUCGGUGCCCUCUGCUAUGCUGAACUAGGAACAUGCAUUAAGAAAUCUGGUGGUCACUACACCUAUAUCCUGGAAGCCUUUGGCCCGUUACCUGCUUUUGUGAGAGUCUGGGUUGAAUUACUCAUCAUUCGCCCUGCUGCCACAGCAGUGAUAUCGUUGGCAUUCGGACGUUACAUUUUGGAGCCUUUCUUUAUGCAAUGUGACAUCCCAGAACUUGCAAUUAAACUUAUUACAGCUGUUGGCAUCACGCUGGUGAUGGUCCUGAAUAGCAUGAGUGUCAGCUGGAGUGCCCGCAUUCAGAUCUUCCUUACCUUUUGCAAGCUUGUAGCAAUUUUGAUAAUUAUAGUCCCUGGAGUUAUCCAGCUAAUUAAAGGAGAAACACAGCACUUUAAAAAUGCCUUUGCAGGGAAUGAUGCCAGUGUUAUGGGAUUACCACUUGCUUUCUAUUCAGGAAUGUAUGCCUAUUCGGGCUGGUUUUACCUCAAUUUUGUUACUGAAGAAGUGGAGAACCCUGAAAAAAACAUACCCCUCGCAAUAUGCAUUUCAAUGAUUAUCGUCACAGUUGGCUAUGUGUUAACAAACGUGGCUUAUUUCACUACAAUCAGUGCUGGGGAAUUGCUGCUUUCAAAAGCUGUAGCAGUGACUUUUGCAGAACGAUUAAUGGGAAGCUUUUCUUUGGCUGUACCAGUAUUUGUUGCUCUCUCCUGCUUUGGAUCUAUGAAUGGUGGCAUUUUUGCAGUCUCCAGGAUGUUCUUCGUUGCAUCCCGCGAGGGUCACCUUCCGGAAAUUCUCUCCAUGAUUCAUGUCCGCAAGCACACUCCUCUGCCAGCUGUCAUUGUUUUGCAUCCUCUCACAAUGAUAAUGUUAUUCAACGGGGAUCUCUACAGCCUCCUGAAUUUCCUCAGUUUUGCCAGGUGGCUUUUUAUUGGACUGGUAGUUGCUGGGUUGAUUUAUCUCAGAUAUAAACGUCCUGAUAUGCCACGUCCUUUCAAGGUGCCUCUAUUUAUUCCAGCAUUGUUUUCCUUCACCUGCCUCUUCAUGGUUGCACUGUCACUUUACUCUGACCCAGUAAACACAGGGAUUGGGUUUGCAAUAACCUUGACUGGAGUUCCUGCCUACUACCUCUUUAUUGUAUGGGACAAGAAGCCAAAGUGGUUCAGAAAGCUCCUAGACAGGGCAACUCUAACAUUGCAAAUCCUCUUGGAAGUCGUCCCAUCAGAGGAAGACCAGAAAUCAUGAUCUUCACUUACAGUUUUCAGCUUGGUGCUUCAUUUCAACUUGAGGAAGAGAGUAGGGAGAUUUCUCCCCCUACGUAUGUCCUGUGAAAUGGAGGAAGAAGUCACAACUGAGAUGGAUACCAAGCGAGUCACUUACCAGAACUAUAUUUUACGAUGUCACAAAAUAUAUUUUCAUGUGGUUGUUUUAUGUGUAGAAAGCAAGAACCUGUGCUGUGAGGGAACUCUUCACUAUUUCUUUUCUUACAGUGUCAUAUUCUAACAAACUGUAGAUUGAUCAAACUAGGAUUUCAGUUGCAUUGUCACUGAAAAUAGGUUUAAACAAUGUGUAAGUAAUGGUCAGGUGUACUGUGAAGAAUGUAUCCUGCUUGCUGUCCCUGAAGAACCCAACUCUCACCAGAGAAAGGGUGAGAUAAAGCUGCUGAGUUUCACUUACUAAUGGUCUUCCCAUCCUUCCAUUUGGCAGCCCUAUUCGACUUCAUUUGGCUCCCAUGGAGCACCAGCACCCUGAUGCAGAAGCACAGCCAUUUCCACACCUUUGUGGUGGCGAGCACCAUGCUUCCUCAUUCCAGAGUUGUUCUGCUAUAGCUGAUGGGACCAUCUUCUGACAAUAUUUCUGCCAGUGGGGCAGGAAGGUUUUUAGCCUGGGGGCAGGAAUUUCAUACAUGUUAAAGUUUCUACCAGCCUGGAAAUAAUUACUGUUUUUACCAAUGUUUCUUUCUGUACAUAUCUAUAGGAAAUACAGCAACUGAGCAAUCACCUUUGAACGAGUCAAAACAUUUGAACGUGACCUCCGCUGCUGUAUUAAUAUUUCCUAUCGGGAAGCAUAUAGACCUACAGCUACCAGUCAAGCAAGCCUGAUUUUCAAAUUUUAUAUCAUUGUUGGGGGGUAAAAAUGAAUAAUAGUCACUGGUGGAACUGCUGUAUAGACAUGGCAAUAAAUGCAAUACCUUUUUAUGAAUAAGGUCUAAGGCAAGCUACAACAGUUUUGAUUUGAGUAGGACAUGUGCCUAAUUGUGAGGGUAUUUCAUUCAGGCACACUCCAAUUAAUAGGGCUUUGAAACACGAAGGAGCAUUGCCAAUGUCUUCUUCCCCAUUUUGUCUCAGCAGAAAUGGGGAAAGGCUAUAAAAACUGAUAAAAUUAAACAAAAUUCAUCUUCAUAAUGAUGUUUGAGCUGAGAUUUGGCUCAAAUAUGAGCUGAAGUUUUGCCCUUUUUUAAGGUAGUUGUAGAUAAUAAAAAUUUUUAAUGCUUAGAAAUUCAAUUUUAUCUUGUUAGUCUGAGACUACUCAACCUUAAGAUUAAUGUUUGAUAUCACUCUGUUAAGAAUAUAAUGCUUAAAUAUUGAAUGCACUAGUUUUUGUGCUGUUUGCUAUCAGCAAGUCAUAUGUUUCAUGAAAACUUUGACUGAACUAAGCAACAUUAAACUUCCUAAAUAGGGAGAAAAGCACAACUAACAGCCAGACCACUACAGUAAAGGGAGACUGUGUAUUGUAUAUGUGUUGUAUAGAUCCAGGAUAUGUAGUGUUUUAAGAGUGUACAGUAAAAUUUAUACGUGUUUCUCUUUCUUGUAUUUCUAUGGUGGAACUUCAUAGAAGUAGGGAAAUGGAAGUAACAGAUUAUGUAGAAAAGCAGUAAUUUAAGACACAGAAAACAGUUUGCAAGUGAUUUUUUUUCUUUAAAUGUUUUCUGUUUACAGUAACUUAGAGUGUUAAUUGAAGACUUUUAUAGGCAAACAUUUUUAGAGAGAUUUUUUUAUGUUGACAGUGCAUGUGUUUAAUUACUAUUUACGUUUGGGUCAGAAGCCUGCUUUUGAGACUGUCUCCUGCCAUCCUUUGGCCUGUGUCAUCAUGGAGCACCUUCAAAGUACAUUAACAGGAUUUCUCUCUGAUAAAAAUGAGCACCUGGUGCCCUCCAGGAGCACACCUAGCACCCUCCUGCGCUGAUGGGUGCUGAGUGCAUGGGGCCCCACCUGUGCUAGUCCAAAGCAAAACCUCCUGAAUGCUGAUGCCAGGUUUUCAGCAUCCACUGCUUCAUUCCAUGAAUUCACUCCUAUUGUGCCAUAUUACUUGAAAGCUGAAAUUUAGGCAGUGUUAACU